AUGGCAGACUUGAACUUCAUUCGUGACUCUACCACAGUGGGUGAGGCUGCUGCGCGAGCUGCCGCGCUGAAGGUUCCAGCUGGCGUGGUGAGUUCGAGCGAGACACUGUGUCUUUGCGGGCUGAACGUGCAGUAUCCGUGGAGUCGGCUCCUCAUGGCAGGUCGCAAGACGAUGGAAGUCAGGAAGUACGCUCUGGGGAAGUACCGCUGCUUCUCUGCGGGCGAGCAGCUGUUUCUCAUCGAGACUCUGGGCAGCGGCUCCACGCAGGGUGCCAUGGUGGACAUCGCGAUGGCCCCCGCUCCGUUGAAGGCGCAAGUGCUCGGCGUCAUCGUUUUUGCGGGCAGCAUCGAGUUUGAAAAUUACGACCACUUCGAUGCUCAUCGAUCGGAUACCCUGAUUGAGCAGGGUAGAUUCUAUGAUUGGGGGACGUCAGAGCCCCAGACGCUGUUCGGUUGGUACGUGCAGCACGUUCGUGCCUUCAAGCGGCCUGUGCCAAUGGGGCACAUACGGAAGUCCCUGCUCGGCUGGACCAAGCCGGUAAAGCUGUUGGUGGACUUCAAGAGCAGAAGCCCCCG